AUGAAUCUGGAAAUUCUAGUGGAGUCAGUAGCGCGCGAGCAAGAUGGUCGCGUUGUUGGUGUGCCGAAGAGAUUUUGGUGUGGAGAAUUGGUUGUCUCCUUGAUGUCAAAGUCAACCGCAAAUUCUUACAGAAGAUACUUUCAGUGUGCUUUUGCGGCGGAGAAAAGGGCAUUGUUGGAUGAGGUUGAAGCAUUGUCAUUUAGGAUAGGAAAUCUUGAACAAACAAUUCUUGCUGAGCGUGUUGAAGAAGCGAUGAAGAAGUUUGAAGAGCUUGAAUUGAAGUUAGAGACUGAGAUUUGUGCAAGAAUGGAAGAUGUUGUGAGUGAAGCCAAAUGCGAGGUGAAGAAAGCGCUUGUGCUUGUUGUUUUAGGAUGUUUGAACAUGUUUGUGUUGUCUAAGGUAAUAUAG